UCGAAUUUGCUACAUUUGUCAAUAAUUUCAGGUUAGAGGAGGAUUAUGUCCUCAUUUCUUUAGAUGUUGUCAACCUGUUUGGCAACCUAUGUGAGGAAGUUGUAGUAGAUGUCCUUAAUCAGAGAUGGGGUAGUAUUUCUAGAAACUGUGACAUUCCUAAAGAUCUAUUUUUUGAAAUUAUCAGGUUCAUACUUCGGAACAAUUAUUUCUCAUUUGACAAUCAGUUUUAUAUUCAAAUAUUUGGAUGCGCCAUGGGCUCGAAAAUCAGCCCAAUAUUGGCUCAGUAUGUCAUGGAUCAUGCAUUAGAUAUGUGUGUUCCAAAGUUGAGACACAAAAUCGCCUUCAUCAAAAAAUUUGUUGAUGAUCUUAUUGUAGCCUUACACAAACAAGACGUUGAAAUUAUAUUGGAACAGUUCAAUAGUUACAAUCCGCAUAUACAGUUUACAAUAGAGUUUGAGGACGAAAAUAAUUCUGUUAGUUUUUUAGAUACGAGACUCUACAGAAUUGAUAAUACUGUACAUCUUGACUGGCAUAGAAAGCAAACUGCUUCAGAUAAAUUAAUACAUUUCAAAUCUGACCACCCUGUACAAAUAAAAAUAAAUUGUAUUAAAGAAAUGAAAAAUAGGGUGAACAAAAUAUGCCAUCCCAGAUUUUUGAAACGCUCCAUUGACAAACUUUUUAAUAUUUUUGUUGAAAAUGGGUACCCAAGAAAAAUGAUUUCCAAGCUACUCUAUUCGUCAGCGAAUGUCAACCAUAUAGACGACAACGACCGCCCUCCCCAGGUACUUAGAUCUACGGACACAGAUGGAGUUGAAAUUAAGUUUGGUAGUAUUGUUAAUAUUAAAGGUUUAACUUGUAAAAUAAAAAAAUGUUUGAGUAGAGAAGAUGUGAAAAUAGCAGUAUAUAAUUACAAAACUGUUAAGAGACUGUAUAGUAGGCUGAAAGAUACCAUUCCAACUAUGUUGCAUUCAAAUGUAAUUUAUAGAAUACAGUGUGAAGAUUGUUCGCGUGGUUAUGUAGGUCAGACAUCUCAAUUGUUGAAAAAUCGAAUAUCACUUCACAAGAGCGACAUAAAUAAAAAGAACAAAAGGUGUGCCCUAACAAAGCACUCAUUAGAACAAAAUCAUAAAUUUCUUUUUGACAAUGUAGAGAUAAUUGAUAAAGAACGGAAUUACAAUAAGAGAAUUAUAUUAGAGAUGAUCCAUAUCAAUGAGGAAGAAGAAGCAAUUAACAGUAAAUCUGACACGCAAAAUCUUAGUAAUAUCUACACAUAUUUGUUAACAUACCCAAACCGAGAGAAAAAUAUCUAUGAUGGACCUAUUGAUGAAUAAUAAAAUUUGUGAACAAAACCCACCAUCUCUCUUGCACCCAUUGUUUGAUGCCUUGUCUCAUUGAUUUUUAUCUUCUGUCUAAAUUGAAUGAUUUAAACGCAUGUGCAAAUACCACCAUCUUAUUUCAUUCUAUAUUCCACAUUAAAAUAUUGACCUUUAUCGACAUAAGAUACCCAGUUGUCACUUUGAGAUUCCUGAAAUAUUUUUAUUUUUGUUAGAUUUAUGAAUUACUUAAUGAUUAGUUUAUAUUUGUUGACACCUUAACCUCGAUUUCAAAGCCCUGAGGAUGGAUUGAAUAAAAUCCGAAAGCUCGGCAAAGAAAACAGAGUAUUUUUUUGGUGUAAAACUUGGUCGAUUCCCUUAGAAAUCAUUCUGUAUAU